AUGCCGCGCGCACCUCGGUGUAGUGCGGUGCGCGCUCUGCUGCGCCGCCGAUACCGCGAGGUGCUGCCACUCACCACCUUCGCGCGGCGCCUGGGGCCCGAGGGCGCGCGCCUAGUGCGGAGUGGAGACCCCGCGGUCUUCCGCGCGCUGGUGGCGCAGUGCUUGGUGUGUGUGCCCUGGGGCGCGCGGCCGGCCCCCGGAACGCUUUCCUUCCGCCAGGUGUCCAGCCUGAAGGAGCUGGUGGCCCGUGUGGUGCAGCGGCUUUGUGAGCGCGGCGCACGGAAUGUGCUGGCCUUUGGCUUUGGGCUGCUGAACGAGGCGCGCGGUGGGCCGCCUCUGGCCUUCACAACGAAUGUGUGCCACUACCGACCCAACACGGUGACAGACUCGCUGCGCGGCAGCGGCGCCUGGGGGCUGCUGCUGCGCCGCCUGGGUGACGAUGUACUGGUCCACUUGCUGUCGCGCUGCGCGCUCUACCAGCUGGUGGCGCCCAGCUGCGCCUACCAGGUCUGCGGGCCUCCGCUGCACGAGCUUGGCGCCCGCACAUCAUCUCUGUGCGGCGCGCAGGGUCCCCGAUCGGUCCUUGGGUCCUCACGCCGACCCCGUAGUCGCAGCGCAGACGCCAGUCCGACUCCGCCCAAGAAGGCCAGGCGCGGGCCGGGAAACAACGAGCCGCGCGCCGUGCCUCUCGCGGCCCUGUCCGUCGAGGGCGAGUCGUCCCCAUUGGGGGGCAGCAGGAGCAUUCCUGGGCCCCGCAUGGCUGUCGAGACCAAGCGCUUCCUCUAUUCGAGGAUAGGCGGCGGCGCGGAGCGACUGCGCGCCUCCUUCGUGCUCAAUGCGCUGCCGCCCAACAUGACCGGGGCGCGAAAGCUCGUGGAGGCAGUGUUCGUGGGCGCGUCGCCCGUCAAGCUUGGGUCACCCCACCGUUCCCGCGCGCGCCGCCUGGCCCCACGUUACUGGCGGAUGCGACCCCUGUUCCGCGAGAUGCUGGCCAACCACGCGCGGUGCCAGUACGGCGCGCUACUCCGCGCGCACUGCCCGCUGCGAGUUGUGGCAGACCCCGCCGAGGACACCCGCACGCAGCGCCUGGCUCAGCUGCUGCGUGCGUACUGUAGCACCUGGCAGGUGUAUACCUUUCUACGAGCCUGCUUGCACCGCCUGGUGCCCGCCAGCCUCUGGGGCUCCAAGCACAACGAGCGCCGCUUCCUGAGCUGCACGAAGAGAUUCCUCUCUCUGGGCAAGCGUGGAAAGCUGUCCCUGCAGGAGCUCACGUGGAAGGUGAAAGUGCAGGACUGCUUGUGGCUGCGCUCAAGCCCAGGGGGUGGCUAUGUUCCAGCCUCUGAGCACCGCUUGCGGGAGCGGGUCCUUGCCACAUUUCUGUUCUGGCUGAUGGACACGUACAUCGUUGAGCUACUGAAGUCAUUCUUCUACGUCACGGAGACCACAUUCCAGAAAAACAGGCUCCUCUUCUACCGCCGGAGCCUGUGGUCCGAGCUACAGAGCAUUGGAGUCAGGAAGCACAUGGAGAGGGUGCAGCUACGCGAGCUGACAGCCCCGGAGCUCAGGCUGGCGCCACCCAUGUCCAGGCUCCGCUUUGUGCCCAAGCUCAGCGGGCUCCGACCCAUCGUGAGUGCAGGUGUGGCAGGUGCCAGAGCCCCCCGUGGUGGCAGAAAGGCCCAGCAGUUCAACUCACACCUUAGGACCCUGUUCAGUGUGCUGAACUACGAGCGAAGCCGACGGCCUGAGCUCCUGGGCACCUCGGUGCUGGGCCUGGAUGACAUCUACAGGGCCUGGCGGGCCUUCGUGCUGCACAUACGGUCCCAGGACCCUGCGCCCCGGCUGUACUUCGUCAAGGCAGACGUGUCUGGGGCAUACGACGCCCUCCCACAGGACAAAAUCGCAGAGGUGGUUGCCAACGUCCUCAGGCCCUGGGAGAACACGUACUGUGUCCGCCACUAUUCUGUGGUGCAGAGAGCCUCCAGGGGACGCACGCGCAGGUCGUUCAGGAGACAGGUCUCCACCCUUGCUGACCUCCAGCCGUACAUGAGCCAGUUUGUGGAGCAUCUGCAGGAAGCAUAUGGACUGAGGGAUGCCGUGGUUAUCGAGCAGAGCUGCUCUCUGAAUGAGACUGGCAACAGCCUGUUUGACUGCUUCCUGCGCUUCCUUCGAGGCAGUGUCCUGAGGAUCGGGGGCAGGUGCUACGUCCAGGGCCGGGGGAUCCCCCAGGGCUCCAUCUUGUCCACGCUGCUCUGCAGCCUCUGCUACGGGGACAUGGACAAUGUGCUGUUCUCCAGGGUGCAGCAGGACGGGCUGCUCUUGCGCUUGGUUGAUGACUUCCUGUUGGUGACCCCUCACCUGGACCAAGCAAAAGCCUUCCUUGGGGCGCUUGUCCAGGGCAUCCCUGAGUACGGCUGUGUGCUGAACCUGCAGAAGACCCUGGUGAACUUCCCUGUGGAGGAUGGCAGCCUGGGCGGCCCGGCCCCACUGCAGCUGCCUGUGCACUGCCUGUUCCCCUGGUGUGGCCUGCUGCUGGACACACAGACCCUGGAGGUGCGCUGCGACUACACCAGUUACGCCCGGACUUCCAUCAGGGCCAGCCUCACCUUUGACCGCAGCAUCCAAGCAGGGUGGCGCAUGCGCCGUAAGCUGCUGGCGGUCCUGAGACUGAAGUGCCACGGUCUCUUCCUGGACCUGCAGGUGAACAGCCUGCAAACAGUCCUCAUCAACAUCUACAAGAUCUUCCUGCUCCAGGCCUACAGGUUCCACGCCUGUGUGCUGCAGCUGCCGUUGCACCAGCCGGUUAGCAGGAACCCUUUCUUCUUCCUUGGCAUCAUCUCUGACUCUGCAUCCUGCUGUUAUUCCGUCCUGAAAGCCAAGAACCCAGGGAUGUCUCUAGGGGCCAAGGAUGCUGCUGGCCCAUUCCCCUCUGAAGCUGCCCGAUGGCUCUGCUACCAGGCCUUCCUGCUCAAGCUGGGUCGUCACUGUGCCUCCUACAAGUGUCUCCUGGGCCCGCUCAGGACAGCCCAGGCACAGCUGCGUGGAAAGCUCCCCAGGGUGACAAUGGCUGCUCUGGAGGCUGCAACUGACCCGUCCCUGACCAUGGACUUCAAGACCAUCCUGGACUAAGCCAGCCCUCCACCAGCUUCACCUGGACCCAUCUCAGGAGGGGCCAACCUGCCCAGGGCCCUGUUGAAUUGCUGAGACCCCUGUGGUUUGAGAAGAGGUUUUAGUGCCUCCUGUGGUGAGGCUGUCCCUCCAUGUCUUGGGGCCUGGGACCUCCUUCAGUGCUGGCCACUGGGAGGCAGUUGGGCUCCUACUGUGGGCCCUAGGGCCGAGCACCCACGCUGGUCAGCAUCUGCAGGAGCACCACUGCACAGGGAUUGGACAGCAGCACUGCCCUAGUGCCAUGCUGUCAGGCAAUGACACCUUCCUGCACUCCAGGCUGUUCCUGAGCCCUCAGCCAGGGCAGUGGCAGUGAACCUAGGGCACAGUGCUGCAGGGGGCCGUUGGUGAAAGCUCUAAGGCCUCCCUGUCCCUGGCUGUACUCUCCAGGGUAGAGCUUGGAGAGUUGCCCUGGGACUGGCAGUGUGCCUGCUGCCCCUUGUCUGGCCCUGACUUCCAUCCAUGCUUUGCUCUUGGGCCAAGCAGCUGGGUUGUGGGAUCCCAGCUCUGCAUCCUUUUGCACCUGCUUCUGUUUUCCCCGUGCAGAGUGCUGCGGGCUCAUUUGGCUCAGAGCGUGGAGCACUUGGCUAGGCACAGCACUGCUGUGGGUGCAGAGCUUGGGUAUGGGCACUAGGCUGGCACACGGGCGGACGGGACAGGCAGCAGCCCUUUGAGCUGGUCCUCAAUGGCAGGGGUUUGGUGACAGGUGCUGGCAUGGCCCUGGCGUAGGCAA